AUGCGAGCGGUACUGCCGGGGAGACCCCCAGCGAAGCUCCAGUCGUUCAGCACUGCGCUAUGGGAUGGAGUUCGAGUGAUUGCGUACAUAUCUGGCCACGCGCUGGUCAUCCUUGGCGGUCCGCAGACACUCCUCCAAACUAUCUACGUCGAUGAUACCGAAAAGCUGGAAGCGGUGGAAAUUAAUGAAGCAUCGGGAAAGAUUGCAGUGUGCGGUGGCUCCGAUGUCUUCGUGUAUCAACCGUGGGGUAUCCAAGGCGAGACACCCAAGUGGUCUCUUGUUCACACUUUCCACGCCGACGAUGACGAGCCUAUCCGUACCAUAUCGUGGGGUUCUCCGAAUGAGCUGCUAGUGGGCGGUUCCCGCCUCGCCCUUUGGAUUCUCGACGAUAUACCCCGCUUGGUAUGGCAACGAAAGCUUGCAGGACCUUUGAAAUUCGCCCAAUUCUCUCCCGACGCGGCCUUGGUAGUGACAGUAGGACAAUACGAUCGCAUGGCCAAGGUAUGGAGACGGCUAGCUUUUGGACCGAACGAGGUGCGAUUCGAGGUCUCCUAUCUUCCUCACCCACAUGUGAUUACGGGCAUGCACUGGCGUCUCCCAUACCACCGGGAGCAGUCCGUCGACAAUGUCUUGUAUACCUUAUGUGCCGACAAUAAGGUCCGGGUAUGGGCCGUGACAGAUCAUCAUGCUCUUUCACCGUUACAAUUUUGGGCGGAUAUCGAUAUGAAAGCAUCUGUACAACCCCGAGAUGCAUCAGAAAAGGAUGAAGGACUGCAGAGACGAUAUGGUUUUAUUCUGGAUAGCCGGGAUUUCUGUGUCGCGACAGAGCGCGCAGUGGAACGAAACUCUGGCAACAAGGAAAACCAUGCAUUGGAACAUCUCAUUGAAGUCGCGAACAAAAGCCCGGAAAUCUGCAUGGUGAUUGACGGCCAAGGUCAUAUAUCUGCAUGGGCAUUGGAAGACAUUGGCUCGAAAGCGAAAACAAAAUUAAGUGUCUUCAAUAUCUUGCAUGUCGAAGGCCUAGAGUUUGGAUUCAUGUCAAGCUUGGGUGCUCAAGAGGAUUACGCGCAAAUACGUGCAUUCCAGAGCAGCACAUCAGACGACAGACUCAGUAUCAUUGUGCACCACUUUGAUGGGCGAAUUGAGUGGUAUGACUCGAAAGUGGAUGUUUUCUUCGAUCCCGCCCCUCGAAAGAAUCGGAUCGUACCCAGAGCAUCAUGGUCUGGACAUACUGCUCCUGUGAAAAAGAUUGUGAGAAAUGCAAUCGGCGACACCCUUAUAUCGAGAACGGAUGAGAACAAGGCUAUGAUUUGGAAACAAAGGAGACGCGAGAGCGGAUCAAUGCUUAUCCACCAGAGUGUGUUAUUAUCCGAAGAACAUAUUCACCGGACUUGCAUGAUUGAGAAUGGCAAUUUCCUCGUCAAUCUCCAUCACAAUGGGAUUUCGCUGUAUGACUACAGCUCCUACCAUGCCAAGAAGUUGGCACACUUACCCUUUAAAUUAUCAAGCAAGCCCUUGUGUGUGCUCCCACUUCCCACUCCAGAUGCAAGCCCAGGCUUGGCUUAUGUGGCGACUAUUGGCGCCGAUAUGCAUGGAAUAGCAUGGGAACUUAAAUGGGAUCCUCAAGAUAAGCAACAUGGGGUAGAAAAGGGAGAGCAAAGUUGUCGACUUCGCAAGUUCUGCGUGUUUCAUAUGGGCUUGGAGGAAGAUUUGGCCUACAUCCUGCCUGUAGACCCAGCUGGGCCUAAAGCCGAAACAUCAGGAUCCUUUGAUACAUUUGCUCCUGACAUUGCUCUCUCCUACACCCACAGCGGGGUCGUGCGCACAUGGACAGCCAAGGUUGAUCGUCAAAAGUCCGAAAUGGAAUGGUUACUGAAGUCAACUGUUGACACUGGCAUCGAGAAUCCCUCACUAGCCAGUGGAAGUACCAUCCGCAAGGCCGCUCUUGUGGAUAAAGAUCGAACUCACUUGACCAUCUGGGACACUAACAACGCCCAAUUGGAGUUUGAAGAGCAUUUUGCUCCGCACGAUAUCAUCAAAGACCUCGAUUGGACCUCCACUCCAGAUAAGCAGUCUAUAUUGGCUGUUGGUUUCCCUCAUAAGGUUAUCUUACUGUCUCAGCUACGUUACGACUAUUUGGAUUCCAAUCCUUCAUGGACCCAGAUUCGGGAGAUUUGGAUUCGAGACCUCACACCUCACCCCAUUGGUGACUCUUGCUGGCUCACCCACGGUCAUCUAGUUAUUGGUGCUGGAAACCAAUUAUUUGUCUAUGACAAGGACAUAGAUGUUGCAGAUCAUCUUGUCUCCGGACUGCGCAUCCCUUCCCGAGGACAGCCAACCGUUGAUCUUUUCGAUGUCGUUAGUCGCUUGAAUGGCCCACUGCCCGUCUUCCACCCCCAAUUUUUGGCGCAAUGCAUCUUGGCGGGAAAGUCGACUCUGGUCCACUCAAUUUUGAUGAGUCUCCACAGAAAGUUAAAGUUUUACUCCGAGGGAGAUGAAUUGGAUGGUUUCCUAGACAUGCCACUGGAGAGUUUCUAUGAUGAACAACAUCUAUCGCAAACAUUGACUUCAAAAGAGAUGCGCUCUUCAUUUGCCGACGCUUCAUUAGAAGAGGAGGAAUCAACCGUCAUCGAUGAAAGCAUCGCAGCUAUUCUCAACGAGAACCUUGCGCACAUUGCACUACCACAACUGUCCAGUCAUGAACAGUUCCGACUUGUGGAUACAAUUGAAUGUGUUGCGACCGUAGAAAAGCACAGACGUUCAAUGGACGCGAACGCAGCGCGCUAUCUUCUUUUCUUCCGGCAACACAUGCUGCGCAAGAGCCAAGGAAUGACGCACAAAGACCGCGUGUCAUGGAGAGAGAUUGUUUGGGCUUUCCAUAGUGGCAGCCAGGAUAUGCUCACGGAUCUUGUCUCACGCCAAUUCCAUGGGAAGCUAACAUGGAAGGCUGCUCGGGAGAGCGGCCUGUUCAUGUGGCUAUCGGACUUAACAUCGCUGAAAGCACAACUCGAGAUAGUAGCUAAGAAUGAGUAUACCAAAACAGAGGAGAGAAACCCCAUCGAUUGUUCUCUCUACUAUCUUGCUCUCAGGAAAAAGAACAUUCUGCAAGGCCUUUGGCGAAUUGCACAUUGGCAUCGCGAGCAAGGUCCUACUCAGCGCUUGCUUGCCAAUGACUUCAAGGAGGCGCGAUGGAAGACGUCCGCUCUAAAGAAUGCCUAUGCACUGCUUGGGAAACGACGAUUUGAAUACGCCGCAUCGUUUUUCCUUCUGGCUGAUCAUUUAAGAGAUGCCGCCAACGUUGUGGCAAACCAGAUGGGUGACAUCCAGCUUGCGAUUGCGAUUACUAGAGCAUAUGAAGGGGACAAUGGUCCAGUCCUUCGAGAGCUCCUGGAGGAGAGGGUUCUACCAGAAGCUGCUUCCGAGGGCAACCGAUGGCAAGCCUCAUGGGCCUUCUGGAUGCUUGGACGGCGGGACAUGGCCGUACGGUCACUUAUUUCCCCGAUUGAGACUCUCCUCCUACCAACCCCAGCUUCACCAGGAAGCCCAGGACGAGUGACUCUCCAGUCCAAAUCCUACCUCUCGAACGACCCCGCUUUAGUGGUCCUCUACCAACAGCUCCGCGAAAAGACAUUACAAACACUCAAAGGUGCCUCCCAAGUCCGCCCUGUCGAAGAGUGGGAAUUCGUCCUCCGCAAUGCCCGACUCUACGACCGCAUGGGCUGUGAUUUCCUCGCUCUAGAUCUGGUACGGCACUGGGAGUUCUUGGGCGUACCUCCAACCCCGAAGACGAUACAAAGCCAGCCUGCACUCGAGCUCGACCAGAACGGUGUUGAUUACCGGAAACUACUUCGUCGCCGAAGCAGCCUGGUCGUUGCUGAUUUGCCAGUCCGGCUGGCUACUUCUGCUUCUGUACAUGUUGAGGCGAAUCAGAGCGCCGUUUCUGAUGAGAGCCAGCAGAAACCUCCACCAAAACAAAAGCCCAAACCGCCUCCAACUAUGUUCCAUGAGCCUGAUGCCAAUUCCUUGCUGGAUAGCUUUGGAUUUUAG